CGACCCCUCGUUAUUAAUUUUUUGAAUUACUAAAAACACUUCUCCCCUACGACUUUCUUUUUCUAACUGUUUGACUCUUUAUUACAUUAACAGCAUCAAAUAACAAAAACAGGGUCCUUUUCUCAAUAUAAAACGUUUUUCAAAUAAAAUUUUUCGAUAUGCUAAAGGGAUUAUUUUGCCCUGUCAAAAUAGGUCGAACAACCCCCUUGCUGCAGACGCCCCCGACCUGACCAACUUCACAUCGGUGGAGGAGUGGCUGAACUCGAUCAAAAUGACGAGGUACGUGGACAACUUCCACACGGGAGGCAUCAACACCAUGGAAGCGGUGGUGAACCUGACGGUCAAAGAUCUGACCGAGUUGGGCAUCACCCUCGUAGGUCACCAGAAGAAGAUCAUGAACAGCGUCCAGAGUAUACGAGCCCAGAUUCGGGUCAACGGUCCUGAAGGGUUCCUAGUCUAAAACGACGCAAAACAGACAUCAAAGGUAAGCCGUCAGUAAUCGUCGGAAAUGGGAAGUUUCAUUUCGUUUGUUCUGUUCUUCUUCUUGUUAUUGUUUGUUGUUUUGUGUGUGUGGACCGGAACCGUGAAAGAACACUCAUCAGUAGAUAAUACAUAAUAAUUUUU